AUGUCUCCUCCAGGACCCACACGCCCAGGCCUCCCCUCGCUCACCCACGUGCACGCCCCCCCCCGCGCGCACCCACGUCCCCCCACGCGCCCACCCCCCCCCCCGCGCCCACGUCCCCCCCGCACGCCCACGUCCCCCCACGCGCCCACGUCCCCCCACGCGCCCACGUCCCCCCCACGCGCCCACGUCCCCCCCCGCGCGCCCACGCCCCCCCCGCGCGCCCACGCCCCCCCCACACGCCCACGCCCCCCCACGCGCCCACGUCCCCCCCGCACGCCCACGUCCCCCCCGCACGCCCACGUCCCCCCACGCGCCCACGUCCCCCCCGCACGCCCACGCCCCCCCCGCACGCCCACGUCCCCCCCCGCACGCCCACGCCCCCCCACGUGCCCACGUCCCCCCCGCACGCCCACGUCCCCCCACGCGCCCACGUCCCCCCCGCACGCCCACGUCCCCCCACGCGCCCACGUCCCCCCCCGCACGCCCACGUCCCCCCACGCGCCCACGUCCCCCCACGCGCCCACGUCCCCCCUGCACGCCCACGUCCCCCCACGCGCCCACGUCCCCCCCCGCACGCCCACGCCCCCCCCACACGCCCACGUCCCCCCCGCACGCCCACGCCCCCCCCACGCGCCCACGUCCCCCCACGCGCUCACGUCCCCCCACGCGCUCACGUCCCCCCCGCACGCCCACGUCCCCCCACGCGCCCACGUCCCCCCCGCACGCCCACGUCCCCCCACGCGCCCACGUCCCCCCCGCACGCCCACGUCCCCCCACGCGCCCACGUCCCCCCCGCACGCCCACGCCCCCCCCACGCGCCCACGUCCCCCCACGCGCCCACGUCCCCCCACGCGCUCACGUCCCCCCCACGCGCUCACGUCCCCCCACACGCCCACGCCCCCCCCGCGCGCCCACGCCCCCCCCCGCGCGCCCAAGUCCCCCCACGCGCCCACGUCCCCCCCCGCACGCCCACGUCCCCAGCGGCUGGGAAGCCUGGCCGCUCACAGCUAG